CUGCACAAGUCGCGUUGUUUGAAAAAAUGGCGGCGGCAGCAGGUACGGAAGCGACGCUCGCUACGAAGCGAGCUGCCGACGAUGGAGAAAUCGUCGACGAAUCGGCGAAAAAGGCGAAGCUCGAUCAUGCCGCAACCGCUUUCCAACACGUCUCCUCUUUCGGCGAUUUCAAACCCCGCCGCAUACUGAGCGAAGACGCACGGACCAAGUUCAUGGCUGUAGAAGGUACGUUCGGCGGCGAUGCGUCCGAUAGCGCUGCUGCCGUUGUCGUCCUCGAAAAGACUCCGUUCAGCCGUGAAAAUUACGAACUCGUAUUCACCGCCGACACGAAGCUGAAAGAGACCUUCCACAACGACGUCUACACAUCGUAUGGAGGCAAACUGGCCGCUACGUUGAACGGUCUCACAGCCACUGUCAUCUUCCCUGCAACUCAAAAGCACGUGGACAAGUACCUCUUCAAGCCGCAACACAUGAUCACUGAGACUCCAAAGCUGUACAAGGAAGUAACAGAACCAUACAUCACCUCACAACAGCUUUCAUUGCAGUGGGUCUACAACAUCCUCGAGCACAAGAAGGAGUCUGAGCGGAUCCUGUUCGAGGAUCCGGACCCGGAAACGGGUUUCAUUCUACUUCCGGACAUGAAGUGGGACACCAAGCAGCAGGAGAACCUUUAUGUGCUCGCCAUCUGCCACAAGCAUGGCAUCAGGUCGCUCAGGGACCUGACGGCCGACCACCUGUCGCUGCUGCGCAACAUCAACGAGAAAGUCAAUGCGGCGUUGCUGCUGCAGUUUGGCGUUCCGUCACACCGGCUGCGCAGCUACCUACACUACCAGCCCUCAUACUACCACCUGCACGUGCACUUUUCGGUGCUGGGCUUUGAUGCACCUGGCACGCAGGUCGAGAGGGCGCACCUGCUUUCCACGGUCAUAUCGAACCUGGAAACAUGCCCCGACUACUACCAGAAAGUCACGCUGGGCUUCACUGUCAAGGAGGGUGAUGGUCUGCACGUGAAGUACAAGGAAGCCGGCUACUUCGACUAGACCAGCUCAAACUUUGAUCUCUAUUACUUUGUUUUGACAAAACACGUUUGUUUGCAACAA